AUGAAAGAGCAUUUCCUGUUCAUCCUACUUGCAAUAUGUGCAACCAUCAACGCACUCCUGCGAGUGCCCGUACAUAAAGCGUCCUACAAGCAAAACACUAUUGACGGAUAUGCGAUCGCCGAAUUCCUGAAACAAAAGUACAUUGAAGAUUACGUGUUUGCCUCGGACAACGCUACCAACGCGACCAAUGCGACAGGCUUCAGCGUACCUCUCCUUUACUCCUCGAAUAUUUUACUUCAGUAACAGCUAAUAUACUAAAACUGCGCAGCAGUUCCGAGUGCAACAAUAUGAGUGAGAAAGCCUGCCAAAAUCAUCGUAAGGUUCAACUGCCAACAAUCGACAACCUGCAACGGAACGAAGGACGAAUUCGAGGUUCAAUAUGGAAGUGGCACUGUCACGGCGUACAUCGAUUACGAUAUUGUUUGCUUUGGCUGCGGCUGCAGCUAUUGCACCAACAGAACACAGGGUUUCGGCUGUGCCAUUUCGGAGACCGAUAAAUUCGCGACAGAAGUAUUCGACGGUAUACUCGGUAUGGCUUGGAAUUCAGAUGCGGUAGGUGGUAUUUCGCCACCUUUGGACCAGAUCUUUGCUGACAAGAAAAUGUGCCCGGAAGCCCUAUUUGCUUUCUACAUGGGCGGAGCCAAUAACGACCGGGGUGCUGCUGGAGAGUUGACUAUCUGUGGGACAGACCCAGCGCAUUAUAAGGGAACGAUCGCAUGGGUACCUCUAAUAGCCGAAAGAUUGUGGCGGAUCGAAUUAGGUCCAGUGUACACGAGAGGAACGUCGUUGACUACCGGUCCACAACAAGCUAUUGUCGACACUGGCUCUUCCAUUAUUACUGCCCCAAUGAGUGUUGUACAACAGAUUAUAAAUCUCGCCGGAGCAAAAACAACUGCACAAGGCACAUACGAAAUUGGAUGCAACACCACCUCAAAUCUUCCAGCACUUAUCUUCACCCUUGGUGGUCAAGAAUUUAUUCUUGAAGGUCCCGACUACGUUGUCCAGCUGAAUCAGACGUGUGUGCUCGGUUUCUUGGGACUCGACAUUCCACCUCCAAUUGGGCCUAUCUGGAUUCUCGGUGACGUCUUCCUUCGUAAUGUCUACACUGUCUUCGAUCAUGGAAACAAGCGUGUCGGAUUCGCUCAUCCCACUAAGCAAUGCGUCAAUACCACAUCAAACUCAUGA